CAUAACUAGGUGCGUCGAACUGUGGUGUCUCCGCCGCACCGCGCCACCCCCGAUUUAUCGGCCCGCAUACUACUGCUGUGCUUCGAGACAGACAGACAGUCGCAUUUGGACCGGCAAGCGAAGUGAUCGUGAUUUUUCUACCUAACCAAAUAAAUAGAUCUCAAUAAAAUGGCCUGCUCAGUCGACGCCCCAUCCCUGAAGGACCUCCCCAAGGUCGCGACAGACCUCAAGAGCCAGCUAGAGGCUUUCAACCCCAGCUGCCUCAAGGACGUGGACACCAAUGAGAAAAUUGUCCUACCAUCUGCAGAAGACGUCGCAAAGGAAAAACAACAUACAGCUCUACUUCAGGGAGUUGAACAAUUUCAGCCGUCCUUACUGAGGAAAACGGAAACGGUUGAGAAAAAUGUACUCCCCAACGCGUUAGAUGUUGCCACUGAAAAAACCCAAAAAUCCUUAUUUGAUGGCAUUGAAAAAUUCGACGCUACAAGACUGAAACAUACUGAAACUAAUGAGAAAAACCCACUGCCUGAUAAAGAUGUUGUAGCUGCCGAGAAAGCGCAUCAGAAUUUACUUGAUGGGGUGGAACAUUUCGACAAAUCUCAGAUGAAGCAUACCACGACGGAAGAAAAGAAUCUCCUGCCUCCAAUUGAAGCAAUUGAGGCCGAAAAGGAGAAAAAUAAGUUUUUGAAUGGCAUUGAAAACUUCGACCCAACCAAGUUGAAACACACUGAAACCUGUGAGAAGAAUCCUCUCCCCACUAAAGACACUAUUGAACAGGAGAAGACAGCUUGAACUAUCCUCCAUCGUAUUUAUUGCAACUAUAUCUCGCUAGUAUCGCCGUAUUUUAGUAACGAUAAGUUAAAAAUAACGGAACCAGUAUUCGAGACACGCAAAAAUUGUGAAUAUUUCAGUCUUUCAAAAAAUUCACCUACAGAUUUCGCGUAUUCUAAAACUAUCAUAGAUUUUUCCAUGAAACUCGAACUGGCUUUCCACUAGAUUAUAGGAACCGAAAUUUUCUACGUCACUUUUAACGAUAUAAAAUAAGUGUAUUUUAUGAGCAUUUUAUUUAAUUUAUAUCAAGACAUUGUUAAGAUACUGUACUGAUUUUGAUUAAGUAUGACCACUACACAUACUUACUUUUUUAUGAUUAACUUCCAGUAAUUUAUUCACUUAUAUGUCAAAAAUGAAACAACAUUUAGUCUCUAAUAAAAACAAUAAUUAGGAGUGUAGUCGUCAAAACCAUUUUGUGAAGAGGUUUUAUGUGUACGGAUUCUUUAAAAAUAAUUGUACAUCAAUAGACCUCAUUCAAAAUUAUUCUAUUGUAUUUUAUUUAGUAAUGGCAAAUAUUUGAUGCUCAACAUA